AUGGCUUCAUUCGAGUUCGCGAAAACCAGUGCGAGGAAUGACUCCUGCUCUUCAUUUCCUACAACUGAUAAUACUUUAUCCCCAUCUUCUAGUGGAAAUGUACUGGGUAUAACCAAUAAUUUCACUGUUGACAGUAAUAUUCUUGGAAAGUUUCCCAGCGGGACAAAGAUAAUUUCGGCUCACGAAACUGUGACUUCAGCUUGGACGACCAUUGCUCAACUCCAGCUUCAGAUGGAAGACGGGUCCGAAGAGACCUACUUUCUGAAGUCGGCCUCGGGAGAUCAUGGCCGGAUUAUGAUGGAAGGAGAGUUUAACUCUAUGUCUGAGCUAUACAUGUGGGCUCCGGACUUUGUUCCCAAGCCGCACUCCUGGGGUGAAUACGCCAAAAGUGGCCCCGACACAUACUUCUUCUUGUCACAAUUUCUGAAGAUAGGCGAUGCGAUGCCAGAUCCAGAAUAUCUAUGCUCCAAGCUUGCGCGCCUUCAUCGCGACAGUCAUUCGCCGACGGGCAAAUUUGGAUUCCAUUCCACGACAUGCCAAGGGCGUACCGCUCAGUGUGUAGGCUGGGAAGAAAAUUGGACAGUAUUCUUUACCAAGCUCCUUCAGCACGUGAUGGACUUGGAUUUUAAAGUGAAUGGAUAUUGGGAGUCCCUUGACAAGGUCGAAAAGCGACUCGUUAAGCAUGUCAUCCCCCGCUUACUAGAUGCCCUCAUCAGUGAUGGGCGUUCAAUCAAGCCUAGCCUACUUCACUCUGACCUUUGGGAAGGCAAUACGGGAACUUCGGCUAGCGAUGGGAGAGUUUACAUUUUCGACGCUGCCUCCUUCUAUGCCCACAACGAGAUGGAAGUCGCAAAUUGGCGUGGCUACUACAAUAAGAUCAGCGACGAGGUGUAUACAAAGACAUAUCUCUCUUACUUUCCGCCGAGCGAGCCGAACGCCGAAUGGGAAGACCGGAAUUGCCUCUACAGCGUAUACUAUAACGUGAUAUAUUCUGUCAAUCACGAGAGCCAAGGAACGGCCGUUCGUCAAUUGGCAUUUAGUGAUAUGUAUUAUCUCGUCGAUAAAUUUGCGCCCUUCCCUGAGGGCAAGGCACCUUCGCGUUUACAGGAAUCGGAAAUUGCAUCUCUCUCUGCUGAACGCGACCAUACUCUAGCUUAA